AUGGAACUGGUUGUACCUGGAGCUAUCCCGCCCCCCGGGGCUGAGCAGCUCCUGGCGCAAAUCAAACUAGAAGAAAAGAUCCGCGAUGGAGCGGAAAAUAUGCUGUUGGAGCUUGAGGUGGACUCGGGCCGGGGCAAAUCGUCCAAAGUGUCGCGCGAGCACCAAAAGCAAAUUGUUGCCGAGCUUGAACAAUCAACGGCAAAAAUCGAUGAUCUCAGAACAAAACUCAAAGAUAUGGGCUAUCUGGAACAAGACGGAGCUAUGGAGCUGGUCUUGGACGAGAGUCGUAGAGGGUCCUCAGCAGGGAUUGCCCUGAGCAGCAGUCGAUCGCGAGUUGCUCUGCCGCUCCCUGAUGAGAGUCCAGAGCGCUAUUUCAGCAAUCUUUUUGACCAAUUGGACCCCAAAGCUAGUUUCAAUGCGAAUCUUGUAAUCACAAACCAUCUGGCGCACGUUCUCUCUGCGUUCCCAGUGCUCAAGUCCGAGUUCUCACUGCUAAACAUUUCGGAAAAGGUCAGAGAGUUUUUAUUGACAAACGACACCAAAAUGAUUGCGUUGGCGUAUCGGAUCUGCUCGUUGGUUAUAACGCACCAUUCUCCGCUGGUUGCCUUGCGUCGUUUAAAUCUGGAGCACUUGUUGGUUAUCACACUAGCCAAGCCGGACGAGCUCCAAACCCAACACGAACGGAUUCAGGCCAUUCUGCUGAUUCGGGCAUGUAUUACCACCCCAAACGGUAUGGCAGAGAUGCCGGUUGGACUCAUAAGAGCUCUAGUGGCCGUUGCCGAAACCAGCUCGGAUAAACUCUGUGGCAUCGCUACAGAGACGUUGGCCGAAAUGGUCCUUAUGGAUCCAGUCAAGCUGCAAACUGCCGGUGCGAUACGGGUUAUGGUCAAAGUCUUACUGGAGGGACCAUUGGAGACUGCUGUAGUAAUUGCGCAGGUUUUCAAUCGCUUAUUGGAUAGCCCGGAAUCUCGGGCCUGCUUGCGCGACGGCAAAGUUCUCGACGGCAUUGUUACGGUUUUUACAGAUAUCCAGCUCGGAGCCAACCCACCGCUAGAACGAUUCAAGCCUGCAGCAGCAGUCAUUGUUGCAUUUUUGCGCUGCUGGUCGGGCCUACAUUCCGUCAAUGUCAAGAACCUCGUCGAUUGUUUGAUCAUUCCGGUGAGCACACUACAGUUUUCGCUUUUGGGCAUUUUCCAAAACUUGUUAGAGUACAAGCCCAACUCUAUUAUCAACCAAUAUACAGCCUACCUGCUGAAGCAGGUUCUUGAUGCUGGCCUGCUGGAUAAACUUGCUCGUAUACAGAUCAAGCCCCACUCUUCCGAUUUCAUGAACAGCCUGCUUCACGAGAAUGCCAACCGGAGUAAAGAACCAAUUGAAAAACAGACGAAAGCUCACAUCAUGAAAUCUACCCUUGAAGCGGUAGAAAAGGCUCGGAUGGUUAUGGCUGUUGCGAACCAAGCUCGAGAACUGACCGCUACAAUUUACCAGUUAAUUGGCCACAUUAUGCCCAACUCACUCCGCGAUCAGUAUCUGCAAAUCCCGCCUUCAAUGGCUGGAGCCCUCAACCGCGUCCCCCAGUCUCGUAUCGCUGCUAUUCCUAUUUAUGGUAUUGACAGCUCUCUCAAACGAUCCAUUGGAGGGGCAAGGCCAUUGGAGGCAUCACCCUCGGACACUUAUAUCAAGAUCGGCAGUCAAAUUGAUGACGCUACGUUCAAGCAGAUGCUCAACAGCACACAUGUGCUGGACACUAAGAUUUUCACCCGGUGGAAUUGGGACACGCUUCUUGAAGUAAUCCAGGGUCCCUUGAGAAACCCUCGCCGGGUUGAGGAGUUGAUUAAAAACUCCAAAUUUUUGAAACGUAUCACAAACUUUUACCGCCCUUUCAAGCACAGGUUUGCUGAUAUCAAAGUCACGGCUGCGGCCAACGACAAGUACGUUCGGGUUGCCAAAGAGCUUAUUUUGGCGCUACUUGAUACACCAGAAGGAGCACGGUUUCUCGCUCACAACAACAAGGUCCUACGGCAAAUCGCUGAGUGCAUUUGCCAGCUGGAGCCGCUUUCGGGCAUCACCUCUAGCGAGCCGAUGUUUUCAAGAGAACGCCUUCGCAAGACCCUGGCAUAUGGCUAUUUUACAAUCCUGGGUGCGUUGAGUAAGUCGCGCUGCGGGCAGGCGAUCCUCAGCGAGCUUCGUAUAUUCAAUAUGAUGCACCAGAUCUGCGAAACAGACAGGGAUGAUGUCAUGAGGCUAUUUUUGACGGCAAUGGAUUACUCGUUCAAUGGGCACCCCAGAAUCAUUUUGUCAAAGGCGUUGACCGCGGGCAACAAGUCUGUUCGUCUCUUUGCAACCCAGCUGCUGGGCAGUCUUGUGGACAAAGUGGACACCCCGUGGCUGGUUGAUUUACUGGUUACACAGCUUUACGACGUAGACCUUGCCGUGUGCCAAGUUGCCGUGACGGUGCUGAUGAGUGCUUGUCACAACCAAGCUGUUCUGGACGAGUUCAUCAAGCUCAAGCCAAGUAUCAUCCAUCUCGGGAAUAUUGGCAACCCACUUUACAUGCUGUUUUUAUCACGAACGUCAGGGUUCCAGCAUUUAGAAACUUUCGACUAUAUCAAGAGCGAAAUGGAUGCGUGGGUCCACGGCCAGAACGAAACGUUUGUCCAGCUGAUGGAGAACUAUCUCGAGCCUGCUCCACCCCAAACACCACUAGCCGUUUUGAAUGCUCACCAAUUCUGUGCAGGUGCCGCUGGUCCUCCUAGGCACUUUUUUGGUGAGCUGGUCAGCACCGAGCAGGGCUGUCGCUUGCUGAGAUCUACCGGCUAUGUGGAUGAGUUUGCCCGGUACAUUUCCUGCCAUUGGCAGGAUACAUCACCCGAGGCUGUUUUGAAAAUGAAGAGCCACAUGUGGGCCCUUGGCCAUAUUGCUUGUCGACCACUUGGUGCAGAGUUUAUUACCCUCAACAUGGUCCGUGAUAUCUGUCGCUUGUUUGACCGCUCGCCAGUCUAUAGUGUGAGCGGAACUGCCUUUUACUGCCUGGGCAUGGUUUCAUCCUCUUUUGAAGGCGCCGAACUGUUGAUCCAAUGCGGUUGGGCAGCUACUGUCGGCGUGCAUGGAGACCAUCGGGGCAUUGCGCUAGUAACGGACAAAGAGGCACUUGAUAGGGAAAUCGGCAUGUGCGAGUCACCUGCGCCGUCACCCAACCCGCCUUCGCCACAGGACACGUUUGAUUUUGAAUCGGAGCCGCUGACGCCAACAAAACGCCAGCCGUUGCAGCGGAACCCGCCGUCGUCGUCGACGCUCAGCGACCUCUACGAGUUCCCCAAGAAAGACGACCCUACUGUGCAACUUAUCAUGACUGCGAUCUCGGAUCUCAGCAACCAUAUCAUGGCUAAUGACGCAUCCAAGCAGCUGAUCUCGCUGCGCAAGACUCAUAGCCAUCUGUUCUGGAACCUCGAUGUGUUCAAGAGCGUGCUCGAGCUUUUGGCCAAAUUGCACUUCAAGCAGGUGGUUCGCCGGUUCAUCAUGGACUUGUUUGACAUGAACCAGAUCUUCGAGAGACUCGUCCGCAAACGCUCCAGGCAUUUAUUCUAG